AUGCAGUUCCCUGAUAAGUUAGAAACCAUCGAACUAGAGUACGCGCAAGUACCAGCUGCGGUAAGCCAGCUAGAGAACGGCAGCGCUUGGUUGGAGCGGUUACUCUCAUUGAAAAUUCUGUUCAUCCAAGAGAGCCCCUAUGAUGGAGUCGAGCCUUUAAUUCUUCCUAAAUUUAAUGUAUCGUUACGAAACUUGACAAGCCUAACUUUAAUAGACGUACCCCUAAAUUCAAGCAGCUUAACUGGGAAGUUAAAUGGCUCUUCUAUUAAAAGUCUUGACCUCCAGUAUUGUGGGUUGAAUAACCUAUCGUAUAAUAUGUUCACGGAAGCAAAUUUAACCAAUGUUACUAUAAAACACCAUAAGCUGACCAUACCAAGAGGAGUGUUUUCACCGCUGCAGUGGCUGACGAAGCUGGACCUAACAGACAACAACUUGGACGGUGCUACUCUUCUAGACGCAGUGUCAUCGCUGCCACGUUUGCAGAAGUUAGUGGCCAGUUACAACCCCCUGGGCUCGCUGUGCGGUGAUGCUGAUGUAAUUUCUGCUAAAUCAAAGUGGCCAAAGUCACUGCAUCAUUUGGAAUUGGUCAAAACGAACGCAACCCGAAUCUGCCCAGACUGGGUCGAAAACGACGAGCUGAUGAAAAUUGAACUUCGAGAUAACUACAUUGGAGAUCUUACUUACAACGAUCUGAUUAUGAAAAGAGCUAUUAUCGGGCCAACGGCGCAGCCGGUGAUGUUAGACCUGUCUCACAAUCCCAAUAUAGGGAUUGUCGAAGUAUCGAGCACAGAUAACCUACAAUGCCACAACGGCUUUGCUCUAAAAGACUCUAACAACCGAACGGUAAGUAGCAAUGCUACAUAUAUGUUUAAAACUAAUAUACUCGUACUUUGUAGAAUGAAUAUAAGUGACAAGAUAAGCCGAUUCAAAUGCGUUGUAUUCUUCGCAGAAUGUACAUGUUCCAAGCGGCCGCGCGACAAUGCAACAGUUGUGGAAUGUCGGGGGCCUCUGCCGCCGGAACCUCGCUGGCCGCCGUCGAGCCGGGGCUUCCCGCUGGUACUGUAUGCGGAGCCCGGCACGCUGGCUGCCGUGCCGACCAACAUCACGGUGCUGCUGGAGCUACACGCACCCAAUAACAGCAUCAGCAGGCUUGACGUCUCGGAUGUAGCUAAUAUGCAUGAAUUAGAUGUUAGCUACAACAGCAUUCGGCAUAUCUCGAAGGAUGCUGCCUUCAAGCUGAGUGCUGAAGGGACAAUCCGCACUGUCGAACUCAAAGGCAACAGAUUUGAUUGUAACUGUUCCGAUAUGCCAGCUUACGAGCUACUAGCGAGUAGUAAAGCGGUAUGUACCUAA